AUGCCAACGCCACGCGUAAAGCAAGUCGAAAACCUCUAUGAUAAGCCUCAGGAUUUUCGUGAGCUUUCUUGCGUGUAUCCACCCCUGCAACCUUUCUUAUUCGAAGGACAUUCAUUUCAACCUUCCAUCAACUUCAAAGACCCUCAGGCGCAGAGGCGGCUGACUGAAGCCUUGCUAUUUCGUGAUUUUGGGCUUUCGUUGGAGCUACCUGAAGGACGUCUCUGCCCAGCCGUUCCAAACCGAUUCGAGUAUGUGCGGUGGAUACGAGAGAUUGUGCGAUGCAACUCUGAGUCAUCUAGUGGAGACAAAAGCACAUUAGGGCUAGACAUUGGGACAGGAGCGUCUGCAAUAUACCCGCUCUUAGCCUGUUCAUGGAUCACUCAUUGGAAAAUGAUAGGGACUGAGAUCGACGAUGUUUCAUUCCAAUAUGCUUUACAGAAUGUGACCCGAAAUCACCUCCAGACAUCCAUAUCGAUUAGGAAGUCGACUGCUGAGGAUCAGAUCCUCCACCCUCUAUGGGAUGAUAGCUUACCAAGGUCCCCCAGUUUCACGUUUACAAUGUGCAAUCCCCCAUUUUAUUGUUCUAAUGAGGACAUGGUUCGUUCGGGGGAAGCCAAGGAUCUUGAUCCCCACGCGGUUUGUACUGGCGCGGAGGCAGAAAUGAUAACUCCGGGAGGAGACGCAGCAUUCGUGCUGACGAUGUUGGAAGAGAGUUUGUUAGUGAAACAACGUUGCAACUGGUUCACAUCUUUGCUGGGAAAGCUAUCGUCCGUUAAUGCUGUCGUGGAGCGACUCCGUGAAAAAAAGAUCGACAAUUACGCUAUCAGAGAGAUUGUACAAGGGCAAACUCGAAGAUGGGCCGUGGCGUGGUCAUUCAUGGGCGUAAGACUUUCUGAUUCGAUCGCCCACGCUUCGUCCCCUUCCCUCAAGGCUCUGCUUCCUCUGCCCACCACUCUCAAACAACCCCUCAAGAACGUUUACUCCGCUGCGAAUCUUGCCGAUGCUCUUCAUACUGUGCUCGGCGCUAUUGACACAGUAACUUAUACAAUGGAAUGUGAGGGCUCGAAACGUGGAACAUCUGCAGGACCGCUCAAUGCUGAUAGCGAACACACCUACGCCAUGCAUGUAAGCUAUGGCGUUAACACUUGGUCAAGAGCAGCAAGACGUCGAAAAAAGCAUGCAACAAGGACGGGCGAAGUCUCAACACCGGCACAAACGCCCGUGUCGAAGAUGACUAUAUAUUGGUCUUCACCUUUACCGACUGACAAAGCGGCUGUCACAGCACAAUGGAAUCAUGGACUUCAUCGGACGGACUUUGAAGGUCUAUGGAGUCACAUCUGCAAGAAAUUGGAAGAUAGGUUUGGGCCAUGA